UCUCUAACGUGCUACUAUAUGCUCUGUCUCGCUUGAUUUAUGCCGUUGGAAUGGGUCAGCGCGGAAUGAACGGUUGAACUAUUGGAAUGAGGCUCUGUUGCUGGCCAUGACCCUCUUUGGUAUGCGUGCUAUUGCCUGGACUUUUACCGCCACGCCGCCUAGAAGAAUAGAUUCUAGAAACCCAAGCGCAGCUUUGCUUUGCUUCACAAGCAGAUAUCAAGGGUGGAACUGGUCUUCCGGGCUUCACGUACCAACGGAAUGGCGUCCAACGAAUUCAAGAACUCUGUUCGUGCUGGCAACGUUAGCUUCCAAGCUCAUUCAUGUCAUUAUCCUUGACAUCCUCCACUUUCAUCUUCAAUCUCUUUCACCAAACACGUUCGGUUCCCCGAAAGGGGGCACCAUUUUCACUGUCAAAGGCACCCCUGACUUUCGUUCCACAUAUAUUUCCCUCAUCAGCGGCUUUGUUGUCUACUGUGCUAUACAAUUCAUGUACGAUGGCUGCACAGUCUUCGGUAUCCUCCUCUUCCAGCAGAACCCGACACAAUGGCCCCCGCUCUUUGAUCAUCCAUGGCGGUCGACGUCAUUGAACCGUUUCUGGGCCAAAGGAUGGCAUCAAGUUUUUCGACACGAAUUCAUCGCUGUAGGCGGUGUGCCAAUGUACGCACUAGGUUUUGGUCGCGUAGGUGCAGUGCUCGGCGUUUUCACCGCCUCUGGAAUUCUGCACGUCUUGGGCAACUGGGGCCUGGGUCAUGAGUUCGAAAUCUGGGCCGUCGGGGGGUAUUUCAUCAUUCAAGGCGUGGGCGUUGUCUUAGAAGGUGCUUGGAGGAAAGUGUUUGGAUGCCGGGUCAGAGGUGCCUUGGGCUGGAUAUGGACUGUCACUUGGGUGGUAGGAUGGGCCAAUCUCCUGGUCGAUGCGUGGGCGAGAGCAGGGCUCAUUGGAAGCGCUUUCUUUCCCGACGGUGGCAGACCUGUGGAUAUGAUAAGGAAGUUGCUAUGAGGCAGGGAUAAACAUCAUUCCUGUUUCUGUUCGGUGGAUAUUGUUGGCCAGUCAGACCCAAGUACGCAUGGGUGGCGUGUCACGCGUCCAGAACAGUAACCUGCUACCUCCAUCUA